UUCUCCUUAAAACCGCCAUAUAUACAACAUCCACGUUGAGAAGUGAAAGAAAUGUUCAAGUGCUAUCCAGGCGCGCACGGGAGUCCGUGUCUGUGUAAUAAUCAGGUUUCUAGGAAAAAAAAACCAGAACCCCCCAAAACAAACGAACGGACGACUCUAGCAGUAGUAGAGUAUAAGACGUAGGAGCGUUUUUUUCUUUCGUGCAGAACAUGUUUGAUAUCUCUUGCGAGUUAAUGCAACCGCCAGUAACUCUGUCUGGAUUUCCGACCAUCAGCAAUUAAGAAGCCAACGAGAAGUCGAGCUCAUUCCACGUAGACACACUCUCUUCAUGCCUCAUCACCAGCCACUGCAGUCCAACACAUAAAACAGAUAUGGAACAGCGCACCGUAACGGCCGUUACGGCCAAAAUGACGACGGCCCAGUCGCGGAUCCGCAGCGAACUUGGCAAUUUCCCAUCGGGGCCUACCAAAUUCACCGUGGUGCACAGGCGGCCAGUCUUCUUCGUCCCUCCCCAGCAGCAGCAAUCGCCGCAGCCCACUUCUGGCGCGUCGGUCUUGCUGGCCAACGCCAUGUGUCGCUUCGCUCAUCACCCCGUGGCCGGCACUGCUCAAAAGUCGACCGCGCCCGAAUGCAGCCGGAUGAGUUCGGCAGCCAACGCGACGACAACAACAACAUCUUCCUCGGGCUCCGUUCUAGUCAGCAGCCAGCAACAGACAAAUGGAAUUGGCAAACGGGCGGCGGCCGACGCUGUGGCCCGUCAAAAUAGCGGCAGUGACAUCGUCAAACCAGCAGCGGCCCGCAUCAAGCCCAUCCUGAAGCGUUCGCUCUCGGCCGACCACUUGGACAGUUUCCAACCUGUGCCGGCCAAGCGUCCGUUCCCCGUUCAGAUUUGGUUCAACAAUCCACCGCGAGGUCCGCGUCCGCUGGUGGCCACGGCUUUCUGGCUGGACAGUCCGCUGCACGACAGCCAGGCCUUCGUCUACAUCAAACUGUUGGAAGCGUCGCAGGCGCGUCGCUAUCUCCAGCUGCAGAGCAAACCGCGCAAGUACCUUCACUUGACCAGCGGAUGGAUCGUGGUGAUCAACAAUCCACCAGCGGCAUCUCGCAAGCCCGAACUCAUGUUGCCACCCAUGACGGUCAAACUGAUGCCAGCACAAGUCAAACCGGUUAUUUCCACCGCAGCGGCACAACGUCCAUUACCGCAACAAAUAGCAGCAAAAACUGCGCAGCAACCGGUGUUGGUGGGGAAAUCAGCCCAACCAACGCCACAAAACCAACCAUUUAAAAAGUCAUCGUCGAGUCAAUUGCCACCUCCGCCGCCGCUCAUCAGCCUGCGACCUCAGAGCCAAUCGGCCCAGCCGCAGCAGCCGACCAUCCCGAAAAGAGAAAUUGAAUCGCCGCCUCCCCUUCAAGAGCAUCCGCUGGAAUUAUGCAACAACAAGCGAAGCCGAAAACAGUCGACCGACGACUGCGAUUCGCCACCGGAUAGUCCUCGGCUAGUGAUCAAUCAUUCGGCUCCCUCGUCUCCGCUCAAUCUCGCCAUGAACGGAUUGAAUAACUCGUCGAUCCCUGCCACCUCCAAUAACAACAACAACUCGCCAGCCAUUGCGGCGGCAGCGACGACAACCAAGCGGAAGAUUUCUCUUCCAACGCCUUUCACCCUGACCGAGAACAAUAGAAGUCAGAAUGAACCGCUGGAUUUGGCUUCGCCAAGCCCGACGGCCGUUUUCAACCGCAUGACUCUGACUGAUAUUCUGUCGCCCGCAUCUCCUGCCACCGAGAAUUUCCGACGUCGAUUGAUUCUCGUCCUACAGGUCCUCCUCGGGAAAAGGCGAUUGCUCAAUUUGGGCCACCCGGAAGCCUCUGUCGAGGAAAUCCUAGCCAGAAUACUGAAAAAGGCCGACGUCGUUCCAGCCAAGAGCUCCGACGUCCGUCUCAAUUGGCUCAAGUUCCUGCGGCUCUGCGUCAAGAACGAGGACGCCUGGAAACGCGAAGGUUGGGACCGAAAAUCGCCCGAUGCCAUCCUAGACGAAAUCUACCUACAAGAGACUUCAAUGACUAACAAGAUACACUGUGGAUUUCAUGCAGAUGUUAUCCCAAUCCUUCGAAAGUCGGAGCCUUCCAGGCGAAUCAACGAAUACCUACAACAGGUUGAUGCCGAGAAAAACGUUACCUGAUCAGCACAAUUGUCUCAUCGAUCCAACAACGAGACAGAAACGAUGACACGUACUAACUCCCCUGACGUAUAUGGCUUUGUUUUUGUCCACUUGUUUUUUCGUCCCCUUCUCGUUCAGGUUUCCGUGUUUCGAAAGUCAACAGAUUUUGAUUGCGCAAAAAAAAAAGUUCAAAUGAAAAAACAACAACACGCAGAACUGCUCUCCUAUUAUUUGAAACGAGCAAAAUUUAAAUGACAGUAGAUUCGUUAGUUUUCCCAGUCUGCUGGGGAUUCAGAAAUCAGAUAACGAGUUGUACACUGAUUGCCAAAACGAGCUCAACCAAAGAUUUCCACUUAACUAAUAUAUUGUGUCGCUGGUCCCUUUUAAAAUGUGUUUUUUAAUAGAAUUGAAAGUUGCACGAAAAAAAAGGCAACUAUUAUUUCUUGAUUUAUCAGUGAAUGUUUCUCCCAUUUCGCUUCGAUGGUGGUAAAAUUCGCCAUCGUGGCCAGAUUUCAUCCUUGCAAACUUGUUGUGUAGCAUACCUAUCCUACAAAGCGAUCCAACCUUCUAGCAAAUUAAAUUUGUGGGCUCUCCCCGCUGAUGUAUGUCUCUCUACUUGUAAUAAAUGAGAUGAAAGAAA